AUGCCCGACAGCAACAGCGACACGAAGAGAUCAAAGUUCACGUAUCGCCAGCUCGCACAGCUGGCGAAAUACUCGGUCGACACUCCGCUGCGUGUCGUUGCGCAUAUAGACCUCGAUGCCUUCUACGCCCAAGUCGAGACCAAGCGCCUCUCCCUCCCCCCCGACGAGCCUCUCGCCGUCCAACAAUGGCAAAACCUCAUAGCCGUCAACUACGCCGCCCGCGCCCACUCCGUCACCCGCCACGAGACCGCCGCCGACGCACUCAAGCACUGCCCACAGCUGCGCCUCGUGCACGUCGCGACCUGGCGCGCAGGCGACAUGCACUGGGCCUACCACGACACGCCCAGCAUCGCCACGCACAAAGCCUGUCUGGACCCGUACCGGCUCGAGAGCAAGAAGAUCCUCGCGCUGUUCCGCAGCGCGUGCCCGCGCGUCGAGAAGGCGAGCAUCGAUGAGUCGUUCCUGGACCUGUCGGCGAUGGUGCAUGAGGAGCUGGUGAGGCGGUGGCCGGCGCUGGCGCUGUAUGGUGACCCUUUGGAGCAGCUGCCGCUACCGGGGGUGGCGGGGGGGGAGGUGGGGUGGGCGGGGUCGUGUGUGUUGGAGAAAGAGGAGGAGGGGGAGGAGGUGGGGGAGGCGGUUGAUUGGGAUGAUGUGGUGAUGGGGGUGGCGGCGGAGAUUGUGGCGCGCGUGAGGGAGAGGGUCAGGGUCGAGAUUGGCUAUACGUGCUCGGCGGGGAUCGCGGGGAAUAAGAUGCUGGCAAAGUUGGGGAGCGGGUAUAAAAAGCCAAACUCUCAGACCGUCGUCCGCCCCGGCGCAACCCAAAAGUUCCUCAACACUCUCGAGUUUACAAAAAUCCGCAACCUCGGCGGCAAACUCGGCACCCACAUCUCGACCGCCUUCCACACCUCCUCCCUCUCCGCCCUCUCCGCCCUACCACUCUCGGCCCUCUCCGCAAAGCUCCCACCCGACGACGCAACCUGGCUCCACAACACCCUGCGCGGCAUCGACCGCUCCGACGUCAACCCGCGCACGCAGCUCAAGUCCAUGCUCUCCGCCAAGUCGUUCCGCCCGCCCAUCACGACCGCAGAGCAGGUGCGUAUGUGGCUGCGCGUGUUUGUGGCCGAUAUCCAUUCGCGGCUGGUGGACGAGGAGGGGCGGCGGCCGACGGUCAUGACGAUGAUGCAUCGUGGGGCGGGGACGGGGGCCGGGACGGGGGCGGGGAAGACAAGGCAGGGGGCGGUGGGGGGGUUUGAGGAGCGGGAGGGGGGGAAUAGGGGGAUUGCGGGGUUUUUGGUGAAGAGGAGGGUGGGGGAGGUGGUGGGGGAGGAGAGCAGGGGGGUGAAGAGAAGAAGGGGAGAGGGGGAGGUGGAAGGGGAUCUUGAAGAGGAAUCUUUGGCAUUGCCAAAACUAUCGCCCCCCCUCGUAGAACACGGAUCAUCAAAUAAUGACCAGUCACCACCACCACCCGCACUCCCGUCUCCUACCACACCACCGCCACAACCCUCACCCUCACCCCCACCCCCGCCGGAAGAGACCGAUACCUACACCUACACCUGCCCGCACUGCGCAGCCCCCACCCCCCUGCAGGACCAGGCCGAGCACGAGGACUGGCACUUUGCAAAGUCCCUCGCCGAGCAGGACAAGGCCGCCGCACGCAAACGCAUCGCCGCUUCCCGCGCCUCCCCUCCUCCACCGCCUAGCAAGAAGGGGCCGAAGAAGAAAGGAGGCGGCGGCGGUGGUGGUGGGGGAGGUCUAGAGAAGGGACAGAGGAGGCUGGCGUUUGGGAAGAGUUAG